AUGCGGGCGUCGCGCUACUGUGAGGAGGAAGGCAACAAAUGGGAAUUAUGUGAGCAGAAAGAGCUUUCUGAAGAUCCUCGGCAGAGCUACUUAGGUGACUUUGAUGGCAGCUUUCAACCUGGCCAGGAUGGGAACGACUUCCAGUGCGAUGAGAAGCGAUCAGAGAACUUCCAUUGGAAGGAAGGUGAUACCGUGAAAUUUCUCGGGACCUGCAUCGAACCCAAAGCGUUAAAGAAGACGCUGCUGAAAGCCGAGACCGGUUACCUCCCCUGCGUCUAUCCAGACGGCAACAUCCCCGGCGAAGCUGAGCCGGCCGAAGGUGCCGAAGGUGCCGAGCGCGCCGAAGGGGAGGCCGCGGAGGGCGAGACGGUGCCCGAAGAGGCACCGCCGAUUCUCUUCCUGCUCGAGAGCAAAUACGAUGUCCUUACACAGGUGUGCCAAGAAUACGAAGAUUGGAAGGAAGCCACGUCCACCGCAGAUUUCGAUCUCCUUUGGUGUGACACGGCCAUACCUGCGGAUCGCUUCAUGAAGUUGAAGACGUUUCAAAAGAUGAAUCACUUCGUGGGGAUGAGUUCCAUCACCCGAAAAAACAACUUAGGGCGAAACUUGCUACGAAUGAGGAAGCAGUUUCCCAAGGAAUACCGCUUCUUCCCUGAUACUUGGAUCUUGCCGACCGACAUGUCGGAUUUUAAACAACAGUUUACAAAUGUGAAAAAGCAGACCUUCAUCAUCAAACCUGACAAUGGCUGUCAGGGAAAAGGAAUCUUCUUGAUCCGUGACGUCGAGAAGGUUCCCGUGGACUUUUCCUCCACCUUUGUCGCCCAGCGGUACAUUAGCAAACCCCUGCUGUUGGAUGGCUACAAGUUUGAUCUUCGUCUCUAUGUCCUCGUCAGUGGCUGCGAUCCCUUGCGGAUUUUCCUGCACAGGAAGGGCCUCGUGCGUUUGGCAUCGGAGCAAUAUGUGGAGCCAACGAAAAACAACUUGUCGGAAGUGAUGGUGCACUUGACCAACUACGCCAUCAACAAAGCGAAUCCGAAUUUCGAGGAGAACACCAAUCCAGAUGAUGCCGAAGACGGUCACAAGAGAAGUUGGGAGGCAGUCCAAGAGCAUCUGCGACGCGAGGGGCAUGAUGUGGACACCCUGAUACUGGAGAUCGAGGAUUUGAUCAUCAAGACACUGAUUGCAGUGCAGCCAAGCUUGUCCCACUUUUACCACAGUUGCCAGCCCGAAGAUGUCGACAACGGCAUGUGCUUUGAGAUCCUGGGUUUCGACGUGAUGUUGGAUCAGAAGUUGCAACCUUGGUUGCUGGAGGUGAAUCACGCGCCCUCCUUUGCCACCGAGUCUGAACUUGAUCAUCAGGUGAAACAUGAGGUCUUACAGGACAGUUUCAACCUCUUGGACCUGAACCCAGAGGUGCGACGUCAGAAGAAACGCGAGGCACGUGAAAGGAUGGAGCAGCGAUCCAUGGGCAUGGGAAAGCAGAAGUCGCCCAUCGAAGAUCGCAUCGCACAGGAGCGUGAGUUCGCGUUGGUCCGCACGGACUGGGAAGAUGCCCAGUUGAAGAGCACGUCCAGCGGGUACAAGCGCUUGUAUCCUUCUCCUGAGAAGGAAAAAGAAUACUGGCAGGUCCAUGAUGCAGCCAUCAACAUUUGGGAGAUGAUGAUGGGUGGCACCUUCCGCCGGGCGGUGAGGCUCUGCGAGCCGGGCGACCGACCAACGGAAGAGUCCAAGGGCAUGGUGGAUUCCAAGGUCGGCUCCUUCCGGGCCACCUCGGCGAAGCCAGGAGAUGCGGAGACCAAAGUCGAGGCUAAGCGAACAGCUGAGGAGAUUCGAGAGGUGGUAGAGAGGCUAGCACAAGGCUGCAGCGCGCGGCCGCGGAAGACCCGUCCGCGGCGCGGCAAGGAAGAGGAGAAGGAGGAUAGCAUUGGAGGUGCCACGGAAGAAAUGCCAGCCGGAGAGAGGAGGAGCAACCGCUACAUGGACGUUCAGGUAGGUGACAUCAUCCGGGUGCAGACCAACCUGGGUUGGGAGAGCGUCACUGUGAGGGCUAAGCGUCAAGGGACGGGGAAGAUUGACAUCCAGUUCAAGGACGGCGAGUACAUGCGCUCUGUGAUGCCUCGACUCCUGCGCAAUUCCGAGGGUCAUGCCGUGAAAGAAUCGCAGGAGUUGCCUUCGGCAUUGCCGCCUCCAUGGCCCCCGCGCAGCAGUCAGUCGCACGGCGGCGCGCCCCUGGCAGCGCCGCAAAUGGCACCAGUACCUACCUCCACGACAGGGGCGGUGCCGCAGAAGCUGGCAGGCUAUAAAGGAGGCGGCCUUCCCUCUGGAGCCGCUCGGGCAGGUGGGCACCCCCUCGCCGAAGAUUUCCGGCAGAUGUUCGGAACCUGCAGCACCCAUGGAAUGAUGUUUGGUUAUUCAAUGCAGAUGAGGCGACGCCACGGGAGACCCAGGAUGCGCUGGCUGGUGCCAUCAUGGAAGGCUGCAGUGUGGAGCUGCGGGAAACGCAAACUGGACUUCCGUCCACUUCCGCAUCAGCAGGCCGCCAGCGCGUGACUCCUGCUGCCAAGGCACCUGCUGCCCGGCUGAAGCAACAGCUUCAGCAGCUCAUUUCCUCCCGGCCCAUCGUGGUGCCAAAGGUGACCCGCAGCUCUGCGGUCAACGAGCCUCUCCUCGGCUGUGGUCUUAUUGGCUCAGCAGUCAAGGUGGAUCCGAAGAACGGUUCCAGGACACAGGGUCCCUCCGCUGCGAACUGAUGAAGUCGGAAUUCGACCAACUCCAAAGGAGUUUGGGCCGAAAACUGUGGCUUGGUGGUACAACCUGAUAUCACCCAUCAAAGAACCGGUGCGAACCGCUGCUGGAGAC